AUGGCAUCUGUUCAUCUGCUUCUUCUUUCUAACCUGUUCUUCAUUUUUUGUUUAUUUUUUCAAUCAAGAUCUUCACUUACAUCAAAAAAUGCCAUUUUACCACUCAAGAUUAAAUCAGAUUCAUCUAGCAUCUACAUACAACCGCCAAAGAAGCUCCCUUUUCAACAUAAUGUUUCUCUCACCGUCACCCUCGCCGUCGGCUCACCUCCACAGCCGGUUACCAUGGUCCUCGACACCGGCAGCGAGCUUUCAUGGUUUCACUGUAAUAAAACACCAACCACACCUUUGUCGUACGACCCAUUACAUUCCAAAUCCUACACCCCUGUUCCCUGUAGCUCCCCAAUUUGCAUGACCCGAACCCGAGACUUCACUGUCCCCGCUUCUUGCGACGCGAAAAAACUUUGCCACGCUACUCUCUCCUACGCCGACGCCACUUCCGUCGACGGCAAUCUCGCCUACGAUACCUUCCACUUCACGGAUUCGGACCUUCCCGGAGUAAUAUUCGGUUGCAUGGAUAUGGAAUCAAGCUCUAACCAAGAUGAGGAUUCGAAAACAACCGGGCUAAUGGGUAUGAACCGGGGGGUCGUUAUCUUUUGUGACCCAAAUUGGGUUCCCAAAGUUCUCGUAUUGCAUAUCGGGUCAGGAUUCCACCGGCGUAUUACUGUUCGGAGAAUAUAA